CUCUGUUUGCUGAUCAGACGUGACAGUUAGACAUAUUCCAGGGAUUUCGCAAGAUAGGGGCCAAAACUCAUGGUUCAACCCCAGCAGGUGAUUAGUCGGGUUGAAGUUGUGCUGGAGGAAAGAGUUGGUUUCUGCUCAAGGAGAAUCUGACCAUCACAGAACAUGGGGGAUUUAGGAUUUCUUUCGAAGCUGCUGGAAGAAGUAAAUAACCACUCCACGGUCGUUGGAAAAGUAUGGAUGAGUGUUCUAUUUUUGUUCCGAAUCAUGGUGCUGGGUGCCGCGGCAGAAAAAGUGUGGGAUGAUGAACAUUCUAAGUUAGUAUGCAACACGAAACAACCUGGUUGCGAGCAGGUGUGCUAUGACUGGCAGUUCCCCAUCUCCCACAUUCGGUUCUGGGUGCUGCAGAUCAUCUUCGUCUCCACGCCGACCCUGAUGUACCUCGGGCACGCCAUCCACAUCAUCACCAAGGAGAACAAGCUACGCGAGCGGCUCCUGAGGCACGAGAACGUGAAGUCGCCGAAGUACACCGACGACCAAGGCCAUGUGAAGAUCAAGGGUCAGCUCCUGGGCAGCUACAUGACACAGCUCUUCUUCAAGAUCCUUCUGGAGAUCGGCUUCAUCGUGGGCCAGUACUACCUCUAUGGCUUCGUCAUGGUGCCCUCGUUCUCCUGCUCCCAGUCGCCCUGCCCCUUCACUGUGGCCUGCUACAUGUCUCGGCCCACGGAGAAGACCAUCUUCAUCAUCUUCAUGCUGGCCAUGGCCUGCGUGUCCCUGCUGCUCAGCGUGGUCGAGCUCUUCUACCUCCUCUGCUCCAGGGUGCGGUGCGGCCGAGGUGGACGUGGACGUCGCCAUGGUAUCGGCGCCACCGCGCCCCCACACUCUAGCCCACCCAGCUGGUCACCGCCCGAGGUGGACACCAUGGCCCAGAACCAGCUCAACACCUUCCACAGUGAGAGUCUGGGUGGCAGCUUGGACGGUGCCAAGGAUGAGAAGAGGCUGCUGGCGGGGCACUGAAGCUGAUUUGACCAUCACGGGUCCAUGUGUUUGUAUUCAAUUGUCCUGACAAGCCACUAGUAGAUAUUUGCCACAAAGGCAAUUUUGUGGACAUUUUUUGCCUGUUCAUGUUUCAGGAGAGACGUUAUUUUGAUCUUGGUCCAGUGUGAGGGUAUGAUUGUUGAUCUUGUCUUAACGAAAUAUCGUAGCCUAUUGUUGAUUAUGUGCUCUCUGUUGUAAAUCAAUGUUUAAGUUAUCCAACUGUCGUAUGUAAGGUGACAUUUUUGCACAGUAUUUGUAUAUAAGUCAAAGUUAAAUGUAGAACAUUUAUAUUUAGAUAAACAUUGUUUUGGAACAGAUACUGUAUUUAUCAUGCAAAUUAUUAGUCUGGUUUUCACCAUCCUAAGCUCAGUCUUUUAAGAUUGAACAUUAGUCUGGGGAGGCUGCGCUUUGUUUCUGCACUUCGCGUCGCUUAAAGGGAUAGUUCGGGUUUUAAGACACGAAGUUAUAUGGGUUCCCCGUCAGCAACGUUGUGCAUCAGCACUGACUUACCCCGCAACAGCGUCCUGUGAGCCGAGAUCCAGCCGGUUUUUGAUGGUGAAGAAAGUAGUCCGGCAAGUUUCUGGGGUCACGAAAGUAAAGUGUUUUUCUUCUCAAAACCAUAUGCGUUCAAAAUAGUGAUAUAUUUGCACCACAAAAACGUUGUCCAGGAAAAAUUCAAACCUCGUUAUCACUUACUUAUUUUUCGCGAUUCCUAUCACUGCGCGCUACUGACAGCUGGACAACGUUUUUGUGGUGCAAAUAUAUCACUCUGUUGAACGCAUAUGGUUUUGAGAAGAAAAACACUUUACUUUCGCGACCCCAGAAACCUGCUGAAGAAAAUAGUCCGGCAUCAAAAACAAUCAAAAACCGGCUGGAUCUCGGCUCACAGGACGCUGUCGGGGGGUAAGUCAGUGCUGAUGCACAACGUUGCUGACAGGGAACCCAUAUAACUUCGUGUCUUAAAACCCGAACUAUCCCUUUAAGUUUCGUUAUCGUCCCGUCACCGGCCAAUAGCGUGCCAGGAUAGGUUUUUAAUCUCUUGUGUGACUUAUAAAUCGCCCCCCUUUAUUUAUUAAUAUUUAAAAAAUCCCCCCAAUGCUAACUGUUCCUACGCGCCUGUGUAACAUAUCCUCAUGCUGAACUGUUUCUGAAGUUUGUAUUGUCUUGUGGAUCUUUGACUUUUGAAUAAAAAAAAGAAUUUCAAAUCCGA